CGGAUUUUUAGAAAAACGAAAAAUUGAAUACCAAACCAAAUUAUUUGAUUUGAUCUAGAACCGAAACUUGCCGGAAUGGAUACCGAAGUUCCUUCCACCGAUAACGUAUCAUCGCUUCCGGGACCGGCGGCAGAAGUUCCGUCGCCUGAGAUCAACGCGUCCUCAAGUGCGGCACCGAUUCCGCCGCCUUCUGCGUCGCCGAUGCAGCGAGAUAAGCCAUGGCACACUUACAUAUCGGAGGAUCUGCCUCGCACGGUCCAAGAGUCCACGGAUUCCGCCAUUCGCUCGGCGCGUUCGUUCCAGAACUCCUCCUCCUUCCACCUUCGCUCUCUCCAGGAUUUUCUCCCACAAUUAAGUUCACAGUAUAGAGCUUAUGAAGAUGUUUUCUUCAAGAAAGUUAAAGAUGAGAUAAUUAGUGCAAGAGAGCAUCCGACUCUAGCUGGUGGAAUUGUUGUUGCUAGUGCCCUCAUGCUCAUGAGAGGACCAAGAAGAUUUAUAUUUCGCAAUACUUUAGGUCGUUUUCAAAGUGAGGAGGCACGAUUUAAUAAAGCAGAGAAGAAAGUGAAAGAAUUGAGUAUUUCUGUUGAUUUAAUGAAGAAUGAGAGCAAAAAACUACUUCAAAGGGUGGCUCGUGCUCACGAGGAUAUGACGCAUGGCCAUUCGGAACUCAUGAAUGCGGGAGCUGGGAUUCAAAGUCUGACAAAAGCUGUUAACAAGGCUGAAGCUCAAGCUACCGAUUUGAUGGACCUGCUGCGGGAGAUUCCAGGAAGAGAGCCUAUAAAACUAAGGGCAGAGGUUGCUUCUAUGGCAUCACAUCUCCGACAACAGAAGAAAGCAUUGGGCAAAAGGAUUGUUAAGAUUUCGGACAUGGGCGUUCCAGUGUGACAACCUUUUUGUUUUUUGGUUGGUUAUCUCAACCAUUAGAUAUAUCAGUAUUUUUUAUUUUUGGGUGCUUCAAAAGAUGUCUGUGAUAUAACUCUUCAUUGCAAGCAACUGAAUUCAACUCCAUACAUUUUACUCACUCUGUUCUUUUUUUAUUUUAUCAAACCAUUUAAAAAAAAUACAGAGUAUAUAUUUUGUUCUCAAUUAACUGACUAUUGCAGA